AUGGUAAAGCGGGUGGGUCUGGGUCUAUCCACUCCACCAUCCACACUGCUGCUGGCACUCCGCAAAGCUUUGAGUGAUGCCAUCCAGCCCCCUCAGACCUCACUGGCCACCAAUCAGCUCCACGAGCCACAGGUGAAUCCUGCCAACUCCACCAAAGCCAAAAAGUUAGACGGUUAUAAGUUCCGCUGGCUGGCGUCGUCCAGAUAUGUAUACAAGAAAUGCCCGAUGCUCCUCCGCAGACUGUGGAAACUGUUGAGGAGAGUAUGGGUGAAAGGUAGCAUUCCAGCUUCCUGGAAAAGAGCAGAAGGGUGCUUCAUACCCAAGGAAAUGGACUCCUCUGACAUCAGCCAGUUCCGAACUAUUUCUCUCCUGAGUGUCGAAUGCAAGAUAUUUUUCUCUGUACUGGCAAAACGGCUGACUACCUACAUAGUGAAGAAUAAUUACGUAGACACAUCAAUUCAGAAAGGAGGCAUCCCAGGCUUUUCCGGAUGCUUGGAACAUAUAGGGGUCCUCAACCAAAUGAUCCAGGAGGCCAAGGUAAGCAAGAGCAAUCUAACAGUUGUCUGGCUCGACUUGGCCAAUGCAUAUGGGUCAAUCCCCCACAAUCUUAUCGACAAAGCUAUGGAACAUUAUCACAUCCCUCACCAUAUUAGAGGAAUGAUCACCAGCUACCUCAGAGGUUUCAAGUUCCGCUUCAAGACUGUCCACUUCACCACCCAGUGGCAGGACCUUGAAAAAGGGAUUGUGACAGGUUGCACGAUCUCCCCCAUCCUUUUCAUCAUGGGAAUGAAUCUGCUCAUUGCAGCAGCGCAGAAGGAAUCCAGAGGCCCCUUAAUGAAGUCAGGCAUCCGCCAACCACCAAUUAGAGGUUUUAUGGACGACCUAACAGUUACAACAUCAACCCAUGUACAGGCAAGAUGGAUUCUGAGGGCACUUGAGGAUGUGGCAACAUGGGCUCGUAUGAAGUUUAAGCCAAAGAAGUCAAGAAGCAUGGUGAUCAGAAACGGAAAAGUUACCAGCAAGUUUCAGCUCCAGGUCCAGGGGGAGACUAUUCCAUCAAUCGAGGACAACCCAGUUAAGUGUCUGGGGAAGUGGUAUGAUUCAUCACUUACUGAUAGAGAUAAUGUUACCAGAACGAAGAAGCAGGCAGUUGACUGGUUGAAGAAGAUCGAGAAGUCAGGGUUGCCAGGGAAGUUCAAGGCUUGGCUCUUCCAGCACGGGUUACUGCCAAGACUCAUGUGGUUGUUGACAAUCUAUGAAGUGCCUACGACAUCAGUGGAGGAAAUCGAGAGGCAAGUAAAUAAACAUCUCCGCAGCUGGCUCGGGAUUCCACCAAGCUUCACUUCAGUCGGCCUAUAUACCAGAUCUGGGCAGUUACAGCUACCCCUGUCUUCAGUGGUUGAGGAGUUUAAGGUGGCCAAGUGCAGAGUCGAAAUGAUGUACAGAGACUCCGGCGACGAACGAGUUAGAGGCGCAGGCAUCACAACAAGAUCAGGACGCAAAUGGGCAGCCAAUACAGCAGUGGCCCAAGCAACAAGCACGCUGAAGUUAAAGGACAUCAUGGGGAACCCGUGCAUAGGCAGACAAGGACUUGGAUCCACUCACUUCCAGCAGUGGGGCAAGGCAAACCUAAGGCAGAGAAGCCAUAUGGUCCAGGCUGAGGUCCGACACUUGGAGGAGGAAAGGCGGAGGGCGAGGGCUGUGGAACUUGGACUACAAGGAGCCUGGACAAAGUGGGACCUGCCAGAGAGGAAAAUCACAUGGGCUGAGCUCUGGAGACUGGAGCCAUUUCGUAUCUCUUUCCUGCUACGAGCAGUGUAUGACACCCUACCGUCACCAUCAAACCUCUACAGAUGGGGUAUGAGGGAAGACCCAUCGUGUAGGCUUUGUGGCGGGAGAGGAACCAUGGCGCACAUACUGGCAGGGUGCAAGACUGCCCUCAGCCAGGGGAGAUACAGAUGGCGCCAUGACAAGGUCCUUCAGGCACUGGCAGAUAUCUUGGAGUGGGAAAGGGUCAAAAAGCGGCAGACCAAGGCAAGACAUAUGCCAGCAAUCCAUUUCAUUAAGGAGGGGGACAAACCACCAGCCUCCAGGAAAAUCAAGAAGAGCCUCCUGCAAGCGGCACAGUCGUGGGAGAUGAGGGUGGACCUGGGAAGGAAGUUAUUCUUUCCCCAGGUCGUUCAUACUUUGUUGAGGCCUGAUGUGGUCAUCUGGUCAGAGGAGGCAAAGAAGAUCAUCUUGAUCGAGCUGACUGUGCCAUGGGAAGACGGGUGCGAGGAGGCUGCGGAGCGGAAAGCAACCAAGUAUCAAGACCUCAUCCUUCAAUGUAAGGAGAAAGGAUGGCAAGCUUGGCUCUUUCCGAUGGAGGUUGGCUGCAGAGGUUUCCCAGCACAAUCAGUAUGGAAGACACUUACUGCCCUCGGAAUUGCAGGACGUGAGAGGAGGGCAGCGAUACGUAGGUUGGGGGAGGCUGCAGAAAGAGCAUCUUGUUGGCUUUGGAGUAGGAGGGAGGAGUUGAGCUGGGGGCCAGGAGAAGGUGGGCAGUGACUGGCCAUCACUGCCGGCCCGCCAACUGGAGGGCGUUGUGGUUCAGGGUCGAAACGCCCAAUGAAGGUUGGACACCACCUGACGACACCUUCUCCUGGCUGAAAGCUACAGUCAUUCUAGCGCGACUGUAAGAGGUAGCAUCGUUGUAGAUGUAUUCAUUAGUCUAUCUAUAUAUUUUUAAUUACUCGUGGCUUUUUAAAAAAAAAAAAAAUUACUAUUUAAAAAAAUUUUUUUUUUUUUUUUUACAAAAUGUAUCCCACGAUUCAUUCAUUUAAUUGACUCGAAAUUAUUCAUACAUUGUUUAAUUUCCCAUUGCAAAAUAUGCGUGGAUGACAUUGUAAUAUACUGGGUGAUUCAGAAGAAUGUGCGAAAAUCACGCAUUUAUUAAUUUAAAAUCACUGAAAUGGACUGAAGUAUAAAAUUAAUCAAUUCAUUAAAAUUUUAAUAAUAAUUAAAAUAAUUAAAAGUUUUUUUUAACAAGUAAGUAAUUUUAACAAAUUAAAAGUCAUAUCUGCUUGAAGUUGUCCGUGCCGCUGGUGGUGGUCACAUUGAGCACUUGUAAAGCAUGAAAUUAAAAAAAAAAAAAAAACGAAGUUAUAUACAAUACUUGUAUCUAGCUAGUUAUUGCUUUGUUUGUUUGUUUGUUUGUUUUUUUAAUAUACCACAAUGGUUUUGGCACAUUCUUUUUAAUCACCCUGUAUAAUUGCAUGUCAAAUAGGGGCUGCAAAAUAUUGACCCAGGGGCCGCAACUGACUCCCGGGCUGCAAGUUUAAGACUACUGUACUAUAAAAAUGUAAUAAAAACGUUCAUGGAAAAAAAAAAGUUUGUGCAUGAAAUGGUUAAAGCAAAAUUAACCUAGCUGUAUUUUGUGUUGCAUCUUUGUGCAUUUAAAAACACCAGAUGUUCAUUAGUCAUGUUGGAAGCUUAGCAAAGACGCAAAGUGUGAGUAAUUAGCUGUUUUCGUGAUGCCGCUUUGACCUCGUGCCAUUUUAAAUCCUCCUCAAGUCAAAACCCCAAAUCACGAAACAGAUCAUGCUGCACAUUGUAGACGUUGAAGAUGCUCUGGCAUUGGUCGCUCUGAAAUAGCCACUCGGUUUGCGUGCAGGAAUAAUUGUCCUUCAUUCUCUUUCCGUCUACGAGCCAAGUGUUUGAACGUGUGCUCUAGUUUCGAGUUCCUGUCCUACAUUUGAAAAUGUAAUCACCCCUCGCCAAUUCACUCAGGGAGGUCAAAAGUGAUAGUAUUGUGUGUAACGAUUUUCAAGGCAUUCUCUUUCAAAACCCCAAGAAACAUGGAAUGAAUGCUUGAGCUUACCAAAGACAAAUUAGAGCUCAAUUUUGUCACAUCAAACUUAGUUACAUUUUAUUUGAAUACCCCUGCUGUUGGGACAAAAAUUGGAGAUAAUUGAAUACAUUUCAGAAAGAUACAGUAUAUUUCUUAGAUUUUCAUAUACCAAGCACACAAUUACUAUGUUGGAUUAUACUAUCAAGGUAUUGAAAAUUCGUUAUUGGUUUUUAAAAUAUUUCAAAUAGUAAAUUUAUUUUUUAAAUCGGGCAAAUGUAAUCUGUACAUACUCCUAUUCUCCACUUGUCAGCUGAGUUUUAUAUACUACUCCAGGUGCUUCUCAUCUGUUUUCCAGAAGUGGGUAGUAACGCGUUGCAUGUACUCCGUUACAUUUACUUGAGUAACUCUUUGAGAAGAAUGCAUUUCUAAGAGUAUUUUUACCAAGCCAUACUUUUUACUUUUACUUGAGUAGAUCUGUGAAGAAAAAAACGCUACUCUUACGCCGCUACUUUGGGCUACACAAGAGUCGUUACAUUUUUCCUCUUUAUUCAACAUAUUAGAUUUUAUUUAUUUAUUUUUUAUUUUUUGCUAGCGAUGCUAUUGUCAAGAGUAGCGCUACUAAUUUCACCAAUGAAACGUCGCAACAAUAAUCACAUGACUCCAUUACACCAAUUAGACGCAAGCUUGCCAUUCUAUGAUCACGCCAGCCCAACAUUGUUCACAUCCUUAAGUUUGAUCACAUAUCUGUUCUUCGCCUUAGUAACGAGUUUGUCUCUUUAUCGAACUUGCAAGUUAAAAUUUAAUGUCCCGCGAGCCAGACCUGCUUCCAAUAUGGCUGCGUUGUUGUCAAAUCUCACGUGAUCCCCCAUUCUGUGACCUAAACGCUCGAGCCUAAUAGCGCACGUACUUCAGAGCCGGUGUUUUCACACACAAACCGGAACAGUGCGUGCGGCAAACACACACACGCAAAGCAGAUGCAGAGGGAUAUGAUGGCAGAGCAUUCAGAGGAAAAUUUGUCCUUUACGAGGUGGAGAUAUAAACACUAUUUCAAGUUGGUCGAAAUUAAAGGAAAGAACGUGCAUGUAAAGUGUAAUUUAUGUCCCGAGGCAAAGCUUUCGGCGACAUCUGCGGUAUGCAAUUCAAAUCUGUUUAUUUUUGUUGCACUUCAAGUGUAGGAUAAAUCUGUUGCUGGUGAGGGGCAAUAAAUAUUACAAGGUUCUAUAACACAAAUGCCUGUCUCUUCUCUAUUCAACUGACUGGAAUACUGCUCAGAAAAUCUGAAAUUCUUUGACAGACAACAACUUCUUUUUAAUGUAACGGAAAUAGUUACUUUCCCCUGGAACUAGUUACUUUUACUAUAGAGUAAUUCAGUUACUAACUCAGCUACUUUUUGGAAGAAGUAGUGAGUAACUAUAACUAAUUACUUUUUUAAAGUAACGUGCCCAACACUGACCAUAACAAAUGAAGUAAUUGACAUAGAGCGCUGCCCACAACAUAAAUCGAAAGCGGAGAUUUAAAGCUCUCUCCCAGUUUUUUGGGGCACCGGUUGACCACGGAAAACCAGAGAUAUGAUCCUUCAAACUAGGAACUAUGUUCUCCACUAGAGGGCAGUGCACUCAUGCCCUUUGGGCUAAUGCUUCAUUACUGUUUUUUUUUUUGUCUCUCUUGCCUGAAUUUAAUGAUUUAAAAAAUAUAUAUUUCUUUCGCUUAAUGUGGUUAUGUAAUGGGUUAUUGUACAAUAAGUUCAUAUAGAUCAUGUUGUGCUGAGAGAGAAAAAUACCAUUGUUUAAAAAAAUAAUCCAAACAAAAAUAAGCAGUUACUCAAAAUGUUACUCAUUACAUGCAAAAUAUUUCCACUGGAUACUUUUUUACCUGUAUUUGAAUACAUUUUUGGGAUGACUACUUUUACUCUUACUUGAGUAAUAAUAUUUUACUUUAUUUUAUUUUAGUAACGCUACUCUUACUCAGGGGUGAAAGUGGGCCAGAACGGUCAGGAACGCAGUUCCGGUAUAGGAUUCAGGGCAAGAACGCAGUUCCGGUAUAAGAUUCAGGGCCGGAAUGCUGUUCCGGUACACGGUGCUUUGAUUCCGAAAAUAUGAAGGCAACUGUCAAAACGCAAUGUAAAAAAAAAAAGAAAAAAGAAAAAAAAAUGCUAAACUGCCACACAUGCAUUUCAUCUCCAAGAAUCUACCAACAUCAGAUUAACAUACACAAGUGUUAACAACAAGCAUAAUAAAGAGCUUGUGUAGCAUAACCACUAAUAUUUAUUAUUUAUUUUAUCCCACGGACGGCAUGGAGGUAUCCCCAGCUGCUGCAGUUAUCUGAGUCUGACGAUGAGUCACGUCAAUGUGUGAAUGCACGCAGCAAAGCUAAACGCCUGGACUCAUUUAUCCGUUCAAUUGGCUGACAUACUGACAUGUGAUCAGCAGAGAUCGUUAGCUCUGAUUGGGUUCAAAUGUGCAUGUUUUCUGGAAAAGCAAAAAAAAAAAAAAAAAAAAAAAAAGGUUGAAUUGAUGCGACAAAAAAGGGCAUUGCAACAUAAAAUGGAUCAAAU